UCCGGAAUUGUGGAGAUUAGUGAGGGGAACGGAACCGGGCAGGAAGCGACGUGGAAACAACCAGUAGGCAACUGUUGGAGGCUGUUGAUAUAUUACCGUCUUCCGCAUCAGGGCACACGGAUUUGAAUGCUCAUUGGAGUUGGCUUUUUAAUCCAAACAGCAAGAUGGGUUCGCCGUUCCGCAGUGAGGCGAUGUGCCUGGCACAGAUCUUCCUUCAGUCUGCAUCUGCCUAUGAUUGUGUCAGCGAACUGGGAGAACUGGGUCUGGCAGAGUUUAGGGAUCUUAACUCUCAUGUCAGUGUCUUUCAACGAAAGUUUGUAGGAGAAGUGAAGAAGUGUGAAGAGAUGGAGAGAAUAUUAGGAUAUGUACUGAAAGAAAUCCAGAAAGCAGAAAUUACUCUCCCAGAAUUAGCCACAAUGCCUGAUGCACCACUUCCAAAAUAUUCGCUGGAAAUCCAGGAGCAGCUGCAAAAGAUUGAAAAUGAGCUCAGUGAGGUGAUUAAGAAUAAGGAAAAACUGAAAAAAAACCUCUUGGACCUGACCGAGUAUACAAACAUGCUGCGGGUGACCCAGAGUUUUGUUCAGAAGAUGAGUGAGCAUGAAACGUCUCCACAGAGUUCUUAUGAGGAAUUCCCUACCUUAGAGAAAGAAUCCUUGAUGGACUAUACUUGUAUGCAGAGACUUGGCGCUAAACUGGGCUUUAUAUCUGGAUUGGUUCACCACACCAAGCUGGAAUCCUUCCAGAGAAUGCUGUGGAGGGUGUGCAAGGGAUACACCAUUCUUACUUAUGUGGAGCUGGAGGAGCGUCUAGAGGACCCGGACACUGGGGAAUCAACCAGGUGGAUUGUAUUUCUAGUAUCCUAUUGGGGAGACCAGAUCGGUCAGAAAGUGAAAAAGAUUUGUGACUGUUUUCACUGCCAUGUAUACCCUUAUCCGAACACCACUGAAGAGCGCAAAGAGAUCAUGUUGGGCUUGAACACACGCAUUCAAGACUUGCACACGGUUAUCUACAGGACAGAUAUAUACUUAAAGCAAGUUCUGUCCCAGGCAUCAGAAUCUGUUUGCAAGUGGGUCAUCCAAGUGAAGAAGAUGAAAGCCAUUUAUCACAUUUUAAACUUAUGUAGUUUUGAUGUUACCAACAAAUGCCUGAUUGCUGAGGUCUGGUGUCCUGUUGCUGAUCUCCAGAACGUAAGAGGAGGGCUUGUAGAAGGCUCGAGGAAAAGUGGCGCCUCUGUCCCCUCAUUUUUAAAUGUGAUACAGACCAAUGAGGUCCCACCAACGUUAAUCCGCACAAACAAAUUUACUGCAGGAUUUCAAAAUAUUGUGGAUUCUUAUGGAGUGGCAAGCUAUAGAGAAGUAAAUCCAGCUCCAUACACUAUUAUCACCUUCCCUUUCCUGUUUGCUGUAAUGUUUGGAGAUUUUGGUCAUGGGUUAUUGAUGUCCUUGUUCGCUCUCUGGAUGGUCCUUUAUGAAAACACCCCAAGAUUCCAGCGAUCAAAAGAUGAGAUAAUGAAGAUGUUUUUUGAAGGCCGCUACAUAAUCUUGCUGAUGGGACUAUUCUCUAUUUACACUGGACUCAUCUAUAAUGAUUGUUUUUCAAAGUCAUUGAAUAUCUUUGGCUCCAGCUGGAAUGUGUCGGCAAUGUUUUCAACUGGCAACUGGACAAAUGGUGAUCUAUCUAAUAGUGUCCUGACACUGAAUCCCUCCGUGCCAGGCGUGUUAAAUGGAGUUUAUCCCUUCGGCAUAGACCCACUUUGGAAUUUGGCCACCAAUCGUCUCUCUUUUUUGAACUCUUUCAAGAUGAAAAUGUCCAUUAUUCUUGGCGUAAUACACAUGACGUUUGGGGUUGUUCUCAGUGUUUUUAAUUACUUGCAUUUUAGGAAAAAGUUCAACAUUUUCCUGGUAUUCCUUCCUGAACUCCUAUUUAUGAUGUGCAUGUUUGGCUAUCUGGUCUUCAUGAUAGUGUACAAGUGGUUGGCGUUUUCUGCAGCAAACUCCAGGAAUGCUCCAAGUAUCCUUAUCCAAUUCAUAAACAUGUUCAUGUAUACUAAUUCAGAAGACACUCCAUUUUACUAUGGCCAGUUCGUUUUGCAGAAAUUCCUGCUGGUUAUUGUAUUCCUCAUGGUCCCUGUACUACUAUUUGGAAAACCUCUGUACCUGUACUGGCAGCACCACGGAGGACAAACAUUUGGGAAUUACAGAAAAGGAUAUACCUUGGUGCGCCGUGGAAGUGAGGAGGAGCUUUCUAUGUUACGAUCAGAUGAAGAAGAAGAAGAAAGCCAUGCUGAUCAUAAUUUACAGAGAGAACAGGAAAAGGAAGAGUUCAAUUUUGCAGAUGUUUUUAUGCAUCAAGCUAUUCACAGUAUUGAAUACUGUCUAGGAUGCAUCUCCAAUACCGCCUCAUACUUGCGUCUCUGGGCACUAAGUUUGGCUCAUGCUCGUAAGUCUUCUUUUCAUUAUAUACAUAAUAAAUCAGAAUGCAUCCCUAUUUGUUUUCUAAGAUUUUAGAGGGACAUUGAUAGUACAUCAGCUGUGUAAUUAGAACUCACUGGGCUCCAGGGCAAAUUCUGUGGCAGAGCCUCCUUCAUUCGAACAGAACCCCUUCCAAGGCAUAGCU